AUGGUAAAAAGUUCAAGUGCAGCCGGUGUUUACGCUUUGAAUCCUGCUAAGCCUUGCGUGAAUGGAUACUUGUGGAGCAUUCUACGGGAAAUAAGAGUACCGCUACAUCUUGUCCUAUUCAUCGCAAACUUAUACCAAGAUGGUAAGUCUAAGGUGAGAGUUAAUGACGUGGUUGUUGUGGUCGACGUGGUGUUGCAAGCCAAACAAGGGAAAUUAUUCCAAAGAGUUGAAUUUGAAAGCAGACGGGUUGGACUCGCCAUCAAUAAGUCCAAAACGAACGUGAUGCUUAUCGACAGAACUGGUAAAUUAGCUAAGACUGGACCGUGGACCGCUAAAAUAACAAACCAAUCUAUCUUAGAUCAACUCAAAAUUCGUACGAGACUCACAACUACAUGCUAUAAAAGAGUUCUAACUUACUUUGGUCUUAUUGCCCGUCGCAAACCAGAUAACCUAGACAAGCUGUUUAUCGUCGGCAAGGUGGAAGGCAAAAGUCUCCCUAUAACAGCUGCGCUAGGGUAA